UACUACUUCCUGUCGAAAAAAUGGACGUCUGAAAGGAACUCUGAAAAAUGUCUUUGGUAUUUGCCAAAUUUUCGGAUUCCUGUUGGGUUUCGAUACUUCUUCACAUAUCAACGUCAUUAUUUCUAAUGUGAUAUAUAAUAUAUAUAGGAAGUUCUAAGAGAGCUAUCCAAAAAAACACCACCUGAUUUGUUCCUACCAACUCAGAAAUCUGGAGCCUGAAACCUUGGACGUGCUUCCAAGUCACUCAUUUGGAAUCAUGGAUCGUCCACCUUCCCCAGCCAGACUGGCCUACACCUCAGACAAACACCCUCGCCACACCCUUGAUUCAAUCAAUGUUCUGCGAAAGCACCGAGAACUGUGUGAUGUUGUUCUCAUUGUGGCCCAGAGGAAAAUAUUUGCUCAUCGUGUGAUCUUAUCGGCAUGUAGCCCUUAUUUUCAUGCCAUGUUCACUGGAGAGCUGGCAGAGAGCCGUCAAACAGAGGUGACAAUACGGGAUAUAGACGAGAGUGCUAUGGAGUUGUUGGUAGACUUCUGUUACACAUCAAACAUUACGGUAGAGGAGAGUAAUGUCCAGACUCUGUUACCUGCAGCCUGUCUGCUUCAACUAGCAGAAAUCCAGGAGGUGUGCUGCGAGUUUCUCAAGCGACAGUUAGAUCCUUCCAACUGUCUGGGAAUCCGUGCCUUCGCCGAUACACACGCUUGUAGGGACUUGUUGAGAAUUGCAGACAAAUUCACACAGCAUAAUUUUCAAGAGGUAAUGGAGAGUGAAGAGUUCCUGUUAUUGCCUGUGAACCAACUAGUGGACAUCAUUUCCAGUGACGAGCUCAAUGUGCGCAGCGAGGAGCAAGUGUACAGUGCUGUUAUGGCCUGGGUCAAGUACAACAUCCAGGACCGACGCACGCAUCUCCCAAACGUUGUUCAACAUGUGCGACUGCCAUUGAUGAGUCCAAAGUUCCUCGUUGGUACAGUCGGCUCUGAUCUUCUCAUCAAAAGUGACGACUCCUGCAGAGAUUUGUUGGAUGAAGCAAAGAAUUAUCUCCUCCUGCCUCAGGAGCGCCCCUUAAUGCAGGGUCCACGUACUAGACCUCGCAAACCGAUCCGAUGUGGAGAAGUGCUGUUUGCUGUUGGAGGUUGGUGUAGUGGGGAUGCCAUCUCCAGCGUGGAGCGAUACGAUCCCCAGACAAACGAGUGGCGGAUGGUGGCCCCAAUGAGCAAGCGUCGCUGUGGGGUCGGUGUUGCUGUACUAAAUGACCUCCUGUACGCUGUAGGGGGUCAUGAUGGACAGUCUUAUCUCAAUAGCAUUGAAAGGUUUGACCCUCAGACCAACCAGUGGAGUGGGGAUGUGGCACCCACCAGUUCUUGUCGUACCAGUGUGGGAGUGGCCGUCCUCGACAGCUACAUGUAUGCCGUAGGGGGACAGGACGGUGUCUCCUGUCUCAACUUUGUGGAGAGAUAUGAUCCCCAGCUCAACAAAUGGACAAAAGUUGCCUCUAUGAGUACACGGCGACUAGGGGUGGGCGUGGCUGUUUUAGGUGGCUUCCUGUAUGCUGUAGGGGGUAGUGAUGGUACAUGUCCGCUAAACACAGUUGAACGAUAUGACCCGAGAACGAACCGCUGGAUGCCAAUGUCACCAAUGGGUACACGCCGGAAACAUCUUGGUGUUGCGGUGUACAACAACAUGAUCUAUGCUGUAGGGGGCCGUGAUGACACGACUGAGCUCAGUAGUGCAGAGCGCUACAAUCCACAGUCAAAUACCUGGCAACCUGUUGUAGCCAUGACAUCUCGCAGAAGUGGGGUAGGACUGGCUGUAGUUAACGGCCAAUUGAUGGCUAUUGGAGGUUUUGAUGGUACAACCUACCUGAAGACAAUUGAAGUGUAUGACCCAGAACAGAACUGUUGGAAAUUGUGUGGAGGCAUGAACUAUCGAAGAUUAGGAGGUGGGGUGGGCGUUGUGCGGAUGCCACAACAUGAACCACACCUCUGGUGAAGCCAAAGGCAUUUGUCAUGUGCUGCUUGAUACAGUGUCGUUAAUAUAAUGUAACAUGCUAACUUGUUCAGUGUCAUGUACUACCUAGUACAAUAUACAAUAUGUUUUGUUAAGACUAAAAUGUAUGACCGGCAAGGGAUGGUCGCUCUAUUGUUUUCCGCUGACGGGGGUGAAGCGAGGUGUGAAAAAAUUACCUGGAGUGGACAGAUGAUCACCCCGGGCGAUGUACAGUUAGCCGGACCUAUUGUUCAAUUGUCCGGGUGUUUCACACGGACAACUUACCUGAGUUUUUACCUUGUAAAAUCCAUUCACGGCAGAAAAAAUAUAUCAUAAUAAGCGGGGUCCCACCUUCGACCAUAUCAUAAUAAGUGAAUUUUCUUUUGCUUAGUUAAAGAAGGAAAAAAUCGGUACAUGGGGAAAAUAUCAUAAAAACCGAUAUCAUUAUAAGUGGGUUCCACUGUAAUGAGCCACAUAAUGCAAUGUCAGUUACUACUGAGUACAAUAUCAUGUAUAGUGUCAUAUCGUAUUUAGUACAUUGUGACGUACACAAAGAGUCAUUUCUAUCAAUGUAUGAUACACUUGUACAGUGGUAUAUUCUGCCUAGGAGAGUGUCUAUUACACUGGUGAAUGGUUGAUUAUACAUUCUCAUUAUCAUCCCUGUAAUUAACCUAGUGGAAAACUUAAUACAAAACAUAUAAUAAUGAAGUGUUGCUCUAAUAACGUCGGGUGUUAUAUGUGUGAAUUACCGAAUAGCAAUAUCAUAAUGUGAAUGACUGCAGAGAAAGAGAUGUCAGAUUGAGAAUGCAAUACCACUGGAAUUGACGAUAUAAUUCAUUGUCGUUAAUGUCCUAGCAGUUUUUACACAUGAUAAAAUUGAAGGCAUAUUCUUUUAUUACCAAUGUUGAGUUGAUAUUAGACACAUUUUAUUAACACUGUGCUUCUGGUGUAUCUGUGAAGGGUUCCUACAUCAUGUCAAUGUAUAUAGUGAUACUACAUAGAAGCUGCAAUUAUUAUGUUCCAAGGUGUACAGAUAGACCACUGCACAGUGAUAGGAUAUUUAGGGUGAUUGGGUAUCAUAAGUGCCUCCUCUUGUAAUGCGUGACUGGGUGUCUUAAAUGGACACAUAAUCACAGGUAAACAUGUGGACCUGUCCUGAUGACCUCGACAUCCAGGGGUUACGCUCACUUUCGCUCUCUGCACCCCUGGAAUAUGUCCAAGCAAAAUUGAAGGCUCAGCGUGU